GGCUGGAAAACAGAGCAGCUUCCCUCCACGACUGAUUCAUACUUCCUUGGUCAACAAGGAAGGCCGCCCAAAACCACAGACACAUACGAACUCCGUUCUAUAAAUACUUCAACUCCCAUUCCCAUUCCCCCCAACAAACAUUCCCAAGCAAAUUAAAGCACUCAAAUCUUCAAAAAAACGGAGCUUUUAGAUUCCACCUACUCCCCUGUUUUCUUGAAGAUGGCAAGCAGAAAAUUAAACACCCUUUUACUCGUUCUUGUGAUCGCAGUGGCCGUACUGAGCUGUGUUGAGGCAACGAGAGUGUUGCCUGAGGAUUUCGCGGAGGCGAACCACCUGGCGACGUACUCGUCAGUGUACGAGAAGGCGAAGUCCACGAUGUCCUGUUGGCUCGGACGGCUGGCUUCCGGACCUAGUCCUAAAGGACCUGGCCACUAGAGGCUGAAUACAACAGUCAGGUCGAGGUCUCCAACAAUCAAAGAUAUAUAUAUGUAUGUUACAAAUUUGUUUGUUAGUUUAUUUGAUCUUUUUUCCGUAGCGUCAAGACAUGCUGCAGAAAAAAUUAUAUAGGAGAUGAUUGUAAAUGUAAUAUGGAAUAAAAGAAAUCUCUGAAUGAUUAUGUUCUUGGCGUAAUUAAUCUGACAUAAUUUC